CACCUACGGCAAAGACGCUUUGGUUUGUUGUUUUCAAUCGAGGGAAAUCUAUUAGUUGGUACUUUUUUGUGCUCCGUUUUUACAAAGGAAAAUUACUCAGAUUGGUCUGAAUUCACAACGCGGAUAAGUUUCGGAUAAUACUAAAAUGGCGCUGCCACAGAAUUAUCGCCAAAACGCCAUGGCCUCACCAGCUCCGAUUCCAAGUACCGGUUCAUCUCAUGCCAUGAAUCACAACCAUGGAAUGCCUGUAUCAUUUAACAUUCUAAAAGAACGGUUAAGGGCAUCUGGCUCCCAGGGAAUGUCGAAAGAUGCGAGCAACCAGAAUCCUUUUGUUAUGAAUCCUCAUGGACAUCCCCAGUUCAACCCCCAAAAACUUGGGACCAAAUUCGCAGUGAGUGGCAGCAACACAUUGAAACCGCCUAAAGCACCUGAGAAACCAUUGAUGCCCUACAUGAGAUAUUCUCGUAAAGUUUGGGAUGAAGUUAAGGCAGCCAAUCAAGAGCUGAAGCUCUGGGAGAUUGGUAAAAUCAUUGGCCAAAUGUGGCGAGAUCUGCCCGACGGCGACAAGCAAGAAUUUGUCGAAGAGUACGAAACGGAAAAGGUCGAAUACGAACGCACUCUAAAGGCCUACCACAAUUCCCCAGCUUAUCAGGCAUACAUCACUGCCAAGAGCAAAGCUCAACAGGGAGCAGAUGAGAAGGAAUCUGCCAGCGAACGAGGCAUGUCGGCUAAAGCAGCUUUCAACGACAGACGCAUUGAAAUCCAACCGGCAGAGGAUGAAGAAGAUAUUGACGACGGCAUGUCAGUCAAGCACGUGGCCCACGCCCGCUACGUCCGAAAUCACAGACUAGUGCACGAAAUCUUCUCGGACGUGGUGGUGCCGGACGUUCGUUCGGUCGUCACCACAGCUCGCAUGCAGGUGCUCAAGAGACAGGUGCACUCGUUGACGAUGCACCAGAAAAAGUUGGAGACGGAAUUGCAGCAGAUUGAAGAGAAAUUCGAUUCCAAGAAGCGCAAAUUUGUCGAAUCGAGUUCCGUCUUCCAGGACGAUCUGGUGCGCACGUGUCGCAAGCCCAUCGACGAAGAGACUUUCCAGUCCAUGGUCGAACAGCAGACGGAAAUCAUCAAGAAGGAACGUGAGAGGGAGAGAGAACGUCAGGCUGAACUGAUGCGCGAACGUGAAGCUGCUGCUGCUGUCGCUGCUUUGCAGGCUGAAAAAGAAGCAGCUAUUGCCGCGGCCGCUGCGGCGGCAGCUGCUGCUGCCGCUCCACCUCCGCCUCCUCCGGUGGUGGAACCGAUGGAAACGGAAGACUCGGUCGUCGUGAAAGAAGAGCCCAAGAAGGAAGUGGUGGCUCCAGUGGCUGCUCCUUUGACAGCCAAGACGGAAGAACCCGCUGUCACUCCGGUAGUGAGCCAGGAACCGUCGUCAUUUGCUCCUGUCCCGAUGGAAACGGAAGAAACGAAGCCCACCGUCCCUGAGACUUUCAAAGUCGAAGAAAUUAGACGUGAAGAGCCAUUAGCUGCUGUUAAUGUUCCUCCACCAACCCCUGCGAUUGAAACUCCGCCAGUACAGAGUGCUCCUUCAGUUGAAGUCGCUCCUACGACUACAGUUGAGCCAAUUCCCGUUGCUCCUCCUGUAAUUGAAUCUGCUCCAGUGGCCGAGGCUGCUCCUAUUAUCCAAGCAAUUCCGGUUGUUGAAACGACCUCAGUCAUCCAACCGACUGUCGCAGCUGCCCCAGUUGUCGAGGCCCUUCCAGUUGUUGCACCAGUGCCAACCGAGUCUUAUGUGACCCACAAUCCUGUGACUGAAGCUCCUCCAGCGAUUGUAUCUGAAUCUUUGCCUGUCGCUCCGGUGGUAGAAACCCCUCGCCAACCAACUCCUCCUGUACCACCGACUGAACAGGCACCUCAUCAUUCGUUCGAAGCUCAGCCACCACCGGCUCCAGAGACCCCCUCAGUUGAAAACGUCACUGCUGAGCAACCUCCUGCAGUUGCAGCCGAAAUUCCAGCACCCGCCGAACCAUCUCCAUCCGUUGAAACCCCUUCGAUCCCAGCCGAGCAACCAGCCAGUGCUCCUAGCGAACCUGCAGUCGAAGAACCGUCUGUCAAACCAGAAUUGGUGGCAGAGAAGAAAGAGGACGAGGUGCCCACCAUCUCAGAGUCUGCUGCCCCGGAAGAACUACCCGUGCCACCACCAACGACAACCGCACAACCAGAGGAAGAGAAGCCACAUCCUGAAGUUGGUCAGACUCCGGAUCCCCAAACGCUUCCUCCCAGUACUACUGAAGCUUGAUUUUUUCUAAAUGAACGCCACAAUUUAAAACUAAACUUUCAUUUUUACCCCCCGCGAUCUUGAGAUAUUGUUAGCAUCCCGCGCAUGGAGUCCAAAAUAAACAAUACACUUUGGAACAAGA